ACCGCCCUCGGCGUCCACCAAUCCUCCAAAUUCGGCGAAUCCAAGACUAAUCUCUUCGGUAUCAUCAUCAAUGCCUCCCCAACCCACUCUCGAAUUCACGUCUUCGAGUUCCUCAACCCUGGUUCCACCUCUCUUGAGGUGAAGCCGGGGUUGAGUUGGUUUGCCGGAGAUCCGGAAGGGGCUGGAAGGUCGGUUGUGGAGUUGAUUGAGUUUGCCAAGAAAAGGGUUCCUAAAAGUGAGUGGAGGAAUACUAAGGUGCAAUUGAUGGGUAGUAGUGAGUUGGAGAGGGUGGAAUUGGUUGCAAGGGAGGCCAUUUUCGAGUCCUGCAGGCGGGUUUUGUGGUCCUCUGGGUUUUUGUUUAAGAACGAGUGGUUGGCUAUGAUGGAAGGUUGAGAAGAAGCUCUUUAUGCUUGGGUGGCUGCGAACUAUGCUCUUGGAAGCUUGGGAGGAGAACCUCAAGAUACGACUGGGAUUGUUGAACUUGGUGGGGCAUCUCUGCAGGAUGCAAUAUGGGAAUCACUUUGUGAUCUACACAACUCAAAAGACUUGUUAACUUUUUCAAGUUCCAGAGAGGAUAUUGCAAGUAAUCCUUGCAUUCCUAGAGGGUAUGACUUUGCAUCAAAUGCAAGUGAUGCAAAACUUUUGAGAUCUUAUGCGGUGGGAAACUUUCUGCAUGCAAAUCUGAAAUGAUGGCAUUGUUGAGGAGACGAGAUAUAUGCUUGCAUCCACCUUGUGAAAGAGUAUCAUCUUCCCUUGUUGCAGAGCCGGCUUGUUCCUCCAGAUAAAUUCUUCUUUAUUUCUGAGUUUUUUGGCCUUGCUCCGACGGCUACUUUAUCAGAGUUGGAGGCAGCUGGCCAUCAUUACUGUGAAGAUGAUUGGUAUCAACUGAAGAGAAAAUAUCAUAGCACUGAUGACCUGGAUUUGUUGAGAUAUUGUUUUUCUUCUGCAUAUGUUGUGGCAUUGUUGCAUGACAGUUUUGGUAUCCCAAUGACUGAUAAGAGGAUUAGAUUUGGCAAUCAGGUUGGAGUCAUUCCUGUUGACUGGACUCUUGGAGCUUUUAUCCUCCAAACUAUCCGGGAGCCCCUUCAAUUGGAACCAAAUGAGCUGGGCGAAAUUGUUGGAAAUGACGCAGUCACUUAUUUUUAUUAAAAUGUCAAAAACCACAAUUGAAGACAAUAUAUGACUUGGAAAAGGGGCACUAUAUUGUCACCCGUAUGCCUGGGUAAUUUUGUCUUUAAUUUCUUCAUUAUCUAUAAAAGAAAAGAGAAAAAAAAGAAAAAAAAGAAAAAGUGUUUUAAUAAACUUGGCUGAUUUAGAUUUCUCUGAACCGUGUAAUAUACAAAAAAAAAAGUACAUAUAUAUAUAUAUAUACAUGAGGGAAAUUUGCAAAAUAGCA